AUGCCCCUCAUGUUCCAACAUCUAUCCACCUGCCAGCCGUGUGGUGCACGUUUGACAAAGCUGGGAGUUAAAGACGGGGUUAGUCUUCGAGUGCCCAUUCGACCCUAUGUGAUGCAAGACUUUACUGCCUUUGUUGGAGCGCUUUACACCCGUCCCAGCAUUGAAGAAGCCAUUCAGUGGACACGUGACUGUAUGGCUGUGGAUGAGUUGCGCGGAAUCAACCAAGGCAAUGUCAUUCGCGAGUUCCUUGACGCCAGUGAGGAUGUUUUCGUCGACGCUAACCACGAAAUUCGCACAGUUUGGAGCAUUAGCUGGGAUGGAUAUAAUCCAUAUCAUAAUCGCACUGCUGGAAAGUCGGCAUCAGUCAGAUCCCUUGCUAUGGGAUGCAUUAGCUUGCCACCUAGUAUUUGUUACAAGCCAGAGAACAUGUAUCUUGGUGGUAUCGUUCCAGGUCCCAAACAGCUGAGCUUGGAUGGCUUGAAUCUGUUUUUGGCUCCUUUGGUUGAUGUCCUUGACCAUUCUUAUCACUGCAGGACAUGGUACAGCAAAACAUAUGAGCAUCCUGAGGGCCAUCAUUCUCACAAGGCAGUGGUGGUUGCCAUUGCUGAUCUUCCAGGAUCCUGA